ACAGGACCGGAGGAGGCAAGGGCUUGCUAGUGUGGUGGUCAAGAGAAGAAGGCCAGGCUUCCCUAGAGGGUGGGAAGGGCGACAGACGAGGGGGGGGUGCAGGGAGACCCAAAAAGCCCCUGCGCCCCCCCCAGCACAAGCUCAACGGGAAGCAAUAGGAAGCUGGGGUGGCCUCGGGGUAACUGCAGACAUGCGGAGGGGGGGCCUGGGGCACAGAGAGAAGGCCGUCGGAAGCCAAGCCACCAGGCCCCCCAGCGUGCCCUCGGAGUAUGAACAUUGAGAAUGGCGCAAGCCCACACCCGUGGUUCCCUGUGUCCCCUGCUGCCGCCUGGUAGGAUGUCCUGGCCCCACGGGGCUCUUCUGCUCCUGUGGCUCCUUUCCCCACCCCUGGGAGCCGGUGGGGGCGGUGUGGCCGUGACCGCAGCUGCUGGAGGAGGGUCCCCGCCAGCCACCUCCUGCCCGGCAGCCUGCUCCUGCAGCAACCAGGCCAGCAGGGUGAUCUGCACACGGAGGGAGCUGGCGGAGGUGCCUGCCAGCAUCCCUGUCAACACCCGCUACCUGAACCUGCAAGAGAACAGCAUCCAGGUGAUCCGCACAGACACAUUCAAGCACCUCCGGCACCUGGAGAUCCUGCAGCUGAGCAAGAACCUGGUGCGCAAGAUCGAGGUGGGCGCCUUCAAUGGGCUGCCUAGUCUCAACACACUGGAGCUCUUCGACAACCGGCUGACCACGGUGCCCACACAGGCCUUCGAGUACCUGUCCAAGCUCCGGGAGCUGUGGCUGCGCAACAACCCUAUCGAAAGCAUCCCAUCCUAUGCCUUCAACCGCGUGCCCUCACUGCGCCGCCUGGACCUGGGCGAGCUCAAGCGGCUGGAGUACAUAUCAGAGGCGGCCUUCGAGGGGCUGGUGAACCUGCGCUACCUCAAUCUGGGCAUGUGCAACCUCAAGGACAUCCCCAACCUCACAGCACUUGUGCGCCUGGAGGAGUUGGAGCUGUCGGGGAACCGGCUGGACCUAAUUCGCCCCGGCUCCUUCCAGGGCCUCACCAGCCUGCGCAAGCUGUGGCUGAUGCACGCCCAAGUGGCCACCAUCGAGCGAAAUGCCUUUGACGACCUCAAGUCGCUGGAGGAGCUGAACCUGUCUCACAACAACCUGAUGUCGCUGCCACACGACCUUUUCACGCCCCUGCACCGCCUGGAGCGCGUCCACCUCAACCACAACCCUUGGCACUGCAACUGUGAUGUGCUGUGGCUCAGCUGGUGGCUGAAGGAGACGGUACCCAGCAACACCACAUGCUGCGCACGCUGCCACGCGCCCGCUGGCCUCAAGGGCCGCUACAUCGGUGAGCUGGACCAGUCACACUUCACCUGCUACGCCCCAGUCAUCGUGGAGCCACCCACAGACCUCAAUGUCACCGAGGGUAUGGCGGCUGAACUCAAGUGCCGUACAGGCACAUCCAUGACCUCCGUCAACUGGCUGACACCUAACGGCACGCUCAUGACGCAUGGUUCCUACCGCGUGCGCAUCUCGGUCCUGCACGACGGCACGCUCAACUUCACCAAUGUCACCGUGCAGGACACGGGCCAGUACACAUGCAUGGUCACAAAUUCGGCCGGAAACACCACUGCCUCAGCCACACUUAAUGUGUCAGCUGUGGACCCAGUGGCUGCAGGGGGGGCCGGGGGCGGGGGUCCCGGGGGUGGGGCCGGUUCCGGGGGCGCGGGUGGCUACACUUACUUCACCACGGUGACCGUGGAGACGCUGGAGACACAGCCGGGUGAGGAGUCCCAGCAGCCCCGGGGUACAGAAAAGGAACCCCCGGGGCCCACGACUGACGGAGCGUGGGGCGGUGGCCGGCCUGAUGCCGCAGCCCCGGCCUCGGCGUCCACCACAGCGCCGGCCCCACGUUCCUCGCGGCCCACGGAGAAGGCGUUCACGGUGCCCAUCACGGACGUAACGGAGAAUGCGCUUAAGGACCUAGACGACGUCAUGAAGACCACCAAAAUAAUCAUUGGCUGCUUCGUGGCCAUCACCUUCAUGGCCGCUGUGAUGCUGGUGGCCUUCUACAAGCUGCGCAAGCAGCACCAGCUGCACAAGCACCACGGGCCCACGCGCACUGUGGAGAUCAUCAAUGUGGAGGACGAGCUUCCCGCCGCCUCCGCCGUGUCGGUGGCCGCGGCCGCUGCGGUAGCCGGAGGCGCGGGCGUGGGCGGGGACAGCCACCUGGCCCUUCCGGCGCUGGAGCGAGACCACCUCAACCACCACCACUACGUGGCGGCCGCCUUCAAGGCACACUACGGCGGCAACCCAGGAGGAGGGUGCGGGGCCAAGGGCCCCGGCCUCAACUCCAUCCACGAACCUCUGCUCUUCAAGAGUGGCUCCAAGGAGAAUGUGCAAGAGACACAAAUCUAAACCUAGGCAGGCAGGGACGCAGGACGCCUGCCGGGGAUGCUCCUGCUUGCCGCGCAGCCCGGCGGCACCCGCCAUCCAGCAACAGGAAAGGACCUGGAGAUCAGGAGAGGUGGCCCCGCCCUCCGCCUUGCCGCGUCCUCUGCCCACCUGCCCUGCCCGCCACCUUCCAGGGGAGAGGAGCUUCUUCGAGGGGUACCCUUUCCCCUCAUCCCAACCCUCCUUUUAUGGCUCUUUCUUUUUUCUUUCUUUUUUGCAGUUUGACGCCUGUCCUUCCCUCCUACUCCUCCACACUCAAAACACAAGAGACAGACAACUUCACCAGAGCCCAGGGGGCAACUCCGACAGUGUCCCCAACAGCGAGCUCCACUCGCGGCCCUGGUCGGCCCCACCCGCCCCACAGACUCUUUUGAUACUGAAGGGAGGUUUGCGUCAAUCACUACCUGCUCUGUAAUUACUUUAAAAAAAAAAAAAAACAUGGAAAAAGUAAAAAAAAUAAUUUUUUUUG